AUGGCCUUCGCUUCUUGUGCAGGGUGUGUGCUGGUGGUGUCUGUGAUUGAGCAGCUUGCCCAGGUCCACAACUCGACAGCCCAGGCUGCCAUGGAGAGACUGUGCAGCUACCUGCCCGAAAAACUAUCCUUGAAGACCACCUGCUACUUAGUGAUUCACAUCUUCGGAUCAGAUAUCAUAAAGCUGCUUAAUGCAGAUGUGAAUGCUGAUGUGGUGUGUCACACUCUGGCAUUUUGUAAACAGAAAACAGGACAGCCGUUAUGUCAUCUCUAUGCCCUUCCCAAGGCACCAUGGAAAUAUGCACUAAAGAAGGCAAGACACAUUAUCAGGAAUUCCCAGAAUCUGAAAUAUCCUAGAAGUUAUUCUGAUGUUUGUUCACUUCCGUUUUUGACCAAGAUCUGUCAAGAAAUUAAAUCAGCUAUAAAGAAUUCUGUGCCAUUCAAAGAUGCUGAUGCAGAUAAAUACAGUGUUUUUCCAACACUGCGCGGCUAUCACUGGCGAGGACGAGACUGCAAUGACCAGGAUAAGAUGGUGUACCCAGGCAGAAGGCCAGUCAACUGGGAUGCACAUCAAGACUCAAAUUGCAAUGGCAUUUGGGGUGUUGAUCCAAAGGAUGGCAUUCCAUAUGAGAAGAAAUUCUGUGAAGGUUCACAGCCCAGGGGAGUCAUUCUACUGGGAGACUCAGCGGGGGCUCAUUUCCACAUCGCUCCCGAGUGGAUGACAGCGGCACAGAUGUCUCUGAGAUCCUUCCUCAGUUUACCAACAGCUCUUUCUGAUGAACUCAACUGGCCCCAUCUCUCUGGAGCUACAGGAUUUUUGGACUCUACGACUCGAAUUAAAGAAGGCUCUAUUUAUCUUCGUUUACGGAAAAGAAACCGCUGCAAUCACAGAGACUACCAAAAUAUUUCAAAAAAUGGUGCAUCUUCCCAGAACCUGGAGAAAUUUAUAGAAAGCUUGUCUAGGAACCAACUGUUGGACCAGCCGGCCAUUGUGAUAUAUGCCAUGGUUGGGAAUGAUGUCUGCAACGAGCACACUGAUCCAGUCCCCAAAAUGACCACUCCUGAGCAAUUGUACUCCAAAGUCACACAGACUCUGAAGCAUCUAAAUUCCCACCUGCCCAACGGCAGCCAUGUUGUGUUCUACGGCUUAGCGGACGGAACCUUCCUCUGGGAUCAUCUGCACGACCGAUAUCAUCCCCUUGGCCAGCUAAAUAAAGACGUGACCUAUGCGCAAUUAUACUCCUUCCUGAGCUGCCUCCAGGUCAACCCUUGCCAAGGCUGGAUGUCUGCCAAUGAGACACUCCGGGCUCUGACGUCAGAGAGAGCAGCACAACUCUCCGGCACACUGAAAAAGAUCGCAAGCCUCGAGAAGUUUACAAACUUCAAUCUCUUCUACAUGGAUUUCACCUUGCAAGAAAUCGUGGAGGAGUGGCAGAGGAGAGGUGGACAGCCCUGGGAGCUCAUUGAACCCGUCGAUGGAUUCCACCCCAAUGAGGUAGCUCUGCUGCUGCUUGCAGAUCAAUUCUGGAAGAAGAUACAGCACCAGGGGCCUGAGGUCCUGGGAAAGGAGAAUCCCUUCAACCUCCAGAUUGAACAAGUGUUUGGAGACCAAGGCGGGCACUGAAUGUCCCAGAACACCCUCAGGAGCCCAGGGAAGCCCACGUGGUAAACUGAUGAACUCAUUCAACAAAUUAUUCUGGGAACAACUUUCCAUAAUACUAGCACUAUCUUUGCCAAGUGCUUUAUUCUCAAUUAAGAACAUAUCUGAAUGACAGUGUGAUUCAGUGUACUGCUGAGAUCAGUUUCCCAAUUCCACAUCAACUGCCCCUCCAACAACCUUUACUAAAGUAUGUUGGGUGGCAUUGCAAAUAAGGAACUGGCAAUGCCCUGCAAUAGCUAAUUCUCCUAAAAGAGACUUCUGAAAAAAACAUGUUUAGCAAUUUUCCCAGAGUUUCAGUAUGCUGGGGAACUGGUCCUCCUGCUAUUGUGAACUUCUGAAAGAUGGCCCAGGCAAGUGAAGCUUCUCCUAGCAAGUGAUUUCACAAGUAGGUCCAGUCCACGUUUUGUGAAUUAUGUUUUUAAAAAGACAAAGUAAGUACAAACUGAACAUUUGUCUAAAAUGAGGAUAGAAAUCACAACAAAUAACAAAUAUUUUCAAGUUGAUGAAAUUCACAAAAUGACCCUUUUUCUUAAUACUUUCAUUCUUUGACUGCAUAAUCUGAUUGCUUCUCCUCAUAACAAUGGUUUUGUAAUAUUCUUCAUAGAAAAAUAAAAUGUGUUGCUCAUUA